AGUCGCAAAGGGAAACAAAAUGGACGGAGUGUAGUGGCUACGAUACUAAUGAUCUAAAUAUUGUGGGAUAAUUUGCAAGUCGAUUGCCUAGAAUCUCAGCAGUUGAUAAAUAAUAAUUACUACGUACACCACAAUAGAAUAUUUUAUCAUAGACUGUAUAUUAUACGCCUAUAAUCAGCGUUCGGUUCUUUGAAAUAUGGUAUCCAUUUUGUGAUCAAUCGUAUUGUGUGGCGCUUACAAUUAAGAUGGGUGAUCUAAUUUGGAACAUACAAUACAAACUCAUUAUAAUUCACUCUUAAGUGAGUGAUGGACUCAUAUAAUUUGUUUGGUGAUGAUGGAAGCGGUAUGUUGGAAGGGCUUACUGAUCUUGGUGGAGCAGACAGCUUUGCUGGUAGCUCUACAUCUGGAGUAACAGGAGAAAAUAAAGAUUCUUCUGAGAAUAGUUAUAGGCAACCAUAUAAUCCAAAUAGUGUUGGACAAGAAGGAACAAUACAAAAACUGGCAUCAUUUGGGGGUGGAGGUGCUGGUGGCAUACCUAGCAGCUCACAGCCUGUGCCUAAUCCUGGCCCUGGUCCACCAGGACCAGAGUAUCAUGACUAUGGUGCCUAUCCUCCUCGUCCUAGGUUACCGCAGCCCCCACAUGCACCACUUCAUCCGUCACACCAUGUACAUCCUUCACAUUCGUACCCCGGCUAUCACCCAGGACCAGAACCAAUGUACGCCAUACCUGAACAAGGUAUUGCUGAUAUGGGUGUAUGGUCAGGUGCACCUGGAGCAAACAGAUAUUCACCUAUCACACCAGGAUACAGACAUUCUUAUGAACAUCAACAAAAGAUGCACCAAUAUUCACCACAGCAGGCAUCUGGAAUAGGAGGCCUUCAAGCACAAAAUGGUGCAUAUAUUCCAAGACAGCCUCAUUUUCCCCAACCAACAUCACAACAAAUUUACGGGCAACAACAGAAUUAUCCAAAUUAUACGCAAAUGCAUCCUCCAUCUGCAACGAGGAUUUCUCAACACCCAACUUAUCAUCAGCAAAUGGAUGUCAAUACUCAUCAAUAUGGUUUACCUCAUAAUCAACAAAGUCAUGGUGCAAUACCACAACAUCAACCUCAUCAAAAUAUACCUAGCCAUCCAGGUGGUAUUGGUCCAGGAAUUCAAUCCCAUCCAAACUCACAUUUACACCAUGCAGGAGCGUCACCUUUACAUCAUGUUCCUCGUCAACCUCAAGUACCUCCCUCUUCUGUUGGACCAUCUCAUGCAGUUCCGUCCCAAAUGCCUUAUGGGUCACCACAUCAUUCUGUCCCGAUAAAUUAUCAGCCUCAUCAAGUGCAACAUCCUCUUGAUGUCAAUGUGACAAGUCAAUAUAAUUCUGUUAAACCUGGAGGAAUGGAUUCUGGGAGUCCUCAAUAUCGACCCCCAUUCCCUCAGUUGUCACCACAAAUGUCUCCGAGGGCACAGAUUUCACCAAGACAGCAACCACAAUCACAACCUCAAUUGUCACCACGACCUGUAAUGUCUCCUGUUAAAGGACCAAGCGCAUCACCUCUAAGUACUCGUAGUGUUGUACAACAACCACCUGCUUCAGUUCCUCCUCCAGUAUCUGCAUCAUUUACAUCACAAAAUACACUACAAGCCUUAGAACAAAUGGUUUUACCUGCAAGUGGAGAGUACUCAUUCCAACGUAAUCCUGCAUCACCAGUAGUUGGGCAUAACAUAGUGUCUUCUCCGACACAAUGGAAUCCAAAUAAAAUAUCUAAUCCAAUAAAUACUUCGGCAUCAAACACUGAAUCAUCUUCGAAACCUUUAGAAACGUCACCAAUGCAAAUAUUAAAACCAGAGCAAAAUAAAAUAAGUACAGUUUCUGCACCUAAUAAUGAAAAUAAAAAUGUGGAUAAGACUCAAUCUGACAAUGACAGACCUUCAGAAGACAAUACUUCUUUGAGAUUUAUAGCAAAUAGUCAAAAAGAAGCUACUUCAGUAAACUUGAAUAGCUCUUCCAUCUCAACUUCAACCUCUACAAAUUCAAUAAAUGUGUCUGUUGAUAAAGUAGAACAUCAAGAAAAUAGUACUCAUAGUCAACUUUCAACUGAAGGAAUAUUUGAAAUUGGACAUUCCAAAGAAGAAAAAAGUGAUAUUACAAAUCAUGAAAAUAAAUCAGAUGUAACAUUAAGUGAAAAUGUUAACAAGCAAAACAAUAAUGAUCUAUUAAGAAAUCAAGGAGUUAAUAUGCCAAGUGGAUCUAUUAAGAUUGAUACCUCUGCUGAUCAUUCAACAAGCAGCAGUUCACAGCAAGUAAAUAUUUCAAUAGGCCAUCCAGUACCAGCUACCACGACUAAUAAAUACGAAAAUACACCAAGCUUAAACAUUUCAAGAAGCCAAGGGUAUCAAAAUAGUUCAUUUUCAAAUAUACCGAAUAUGUUACCUCAAGGGGUACCAAGCUUAGCUACGAACAUUUCAACCAAUAUACCAAGUAAUCAAAAUUUAAAUGUUCCUUCGGCUUUUCAAACUGGUUCCCCAUCAGCUACUGCAGCAGUACCAAAUAUACAAAAUAUUCAGUCUACUCAUUCAAUACAACAUCCAAACCUAACUAAUACUGUGUCGUCAAGCAUGCCAGUUCACAAUCAACAAGGAAAUUUGGCUUGCUUACCACCAACCGUACCAAGUAUGCUCGGAAAUAUUCAACAAACAUUACAUAAUUCACCAAGUAAUGUUACCAAUGUACAAUCUCCUACAACUAUACCAAGUAUGCAAGUUGGAAUGCCUUUAAACCCCCAAAACAUACAUGGCAAUUUGGGCUCUAAUUUGACACCAAAUCAAUCUAAUGUCAUGUCAAAUAUACCUCACAAUAUAAACCCAAACAUGAUAGUCAUGGGAUCAAAUAAUAUGCCUCACCCAAGUUUAUAUUCUGCAUCGCAUCAUCAGGAGAGGGCAGCAUUACAACAGCAAAUACAAGAAAUAUACUGUUUACCACCUUCAAACGAAAAUCAAGAAAAAGUACGGUGCUUACAGGAAAGGUUAUCUAUGUUGCAGCAACAUGAAACUAAUGAUAAAUGUAAUGGAGGACCUAAUUGUAUUCUACAAAAUCCAAUUUAUGGAUCUAAAAUGGUCGAAAGCCCUCAAGUAACCAGUACAACUGGGCGUGGACGUGGAAAAGGGCCUGCUAAGCCAAGAAAACCUCGAGUCAAGAAAGAUAAAUUAAAUGCAAUGGCGCAACCUCUAGAUCAGUUGCCUGUCUCAGAAGACUGUGUCACAGCAGGAACAGGCUUACAAAGUAAUGCAGAGGUUGAUACUGAAGUGACUGAAGAUAUAACGAAUUUAGAUAGUAGUGCAUUGUCAAUAGACGAAAUGAAUAUUGGAAAAGUGAAAAAACCAAGAGCUCCCAGAAAGAAUAAAGAGAGAAAACCUCGUGUGCCGAAGGAGCUAAAAGUUAACAAAGACUUGGGGGAUAAACCAAUAAAAGAAAGAAAAAAACGAGAACCAAAAGAUCCAAAUGCCCCAAAAAGAAAAAGAAAUGUCAAAAAAGGCAUGUCAGAAAUGCAUGCUGACACUACAACUUACAGUGAAUCUUUAGACAGAGAUAAUAUGGAUAAUAUAAACGAUGAAAUGUUAAAUAAAAGCAUUGCUCUUAAUGAAGCUUCCAAGUCAAAUAUUUCAAUCACUCAAGAAUUACCUUCAUUAGAUGAUACGAAUGUUACUGAUUUUGAUGAUAUUCCUGUUUCAAAAAUUGCUAUAAAAGAUCUGUUAGAAGAAGCGGAAGCAAAAAAAGAUCUUAUCGAUAAAGAGGAUGAAUUAGACUCCGUGAAUGUCAAGAAAAAACCAUCAAAGAAAAGAACAUCUGGAGUGAGUAGUUGUAAAAAAACGCUCAAUAAAAAAACGCCUAGUGGGAAAAGAAAGCGUCGAGGUGGCUUAAUACCCGAUUCCGAUGGAGAGCCUGAUGAUUUAAUGUCCACCCCACCUCCAUCACCACCACCAGAAGGUGAUGACAGUCUCAAACGUCGAUCUGCUCGGCACACUCAACGUAAAAAAUACACAGACGACGUGUUGCUACGUUUAUCCGAUGAUGAAUUUACAAUGGCAACUCCUAAACAAGAAAGAGAAUUGAUAGAUGAUUUAAGCCUUGACACUAAAGAUAUGAACAGACCCGAAUUCACACCAAAACCCAAUUAUAUGUAUGUCAAUACUACAGAAGAGGAUUCAAUGAUAGUACAGCACGUAUUAGCAUGUCGCAUGGGUAAACGAGAAAUAAAAAAUGAAAUAAGUGAAAAAAUACUAAAACAAGAAAAAGAUGAAAACGGAACGAAUUCCCUCCAAGAAACUCUGGACAAUCAAUCUCAAAACGAAAAUGUUGUAAUUCCAAAAAAAGAAGAAAAUAUUGAAAUAGUAAAAAGUGAUACUAAUGUUGAAGAAAUUGAAAAUAAAGAAAUUAGUAAGUUGGAUUUAGAAAAAGACAAUGUUGAAGAAAUUUUACCAAAAACAAUUGUGGUUGACGUUGAAGAAUAUUUUGUCAAAUAUAGAAAUUUUUCUUAUUUGCACUGUGAAUGGAAAACAGAAGAAGAACUAUAUAAGGGUGAUAAACGAAUAUUUUCUAAAAUUAAACGUUUUAAACAAAAGCAAGCACAACAAAUGAAUAUUUUCGAACUCCUUGAUGAUGAACCAUUUAACCCGGAUUAUGUUGAAGUGGAAAGAAUACUAGACAUGUCGGAAAAUCAAGAUCCAGCUAAUAAUACUGUUGUGAAACAUUAUUUGGUUAAGUGGAAAAGCUUACAAUAUGAAGAUAGUACAUGGGAGUUAGAAGAAGACAUUGACGUCGAUAAAAUAAAACAAUAUAAAAUUUUUAGUGAAAUUCCGCCUAAAGAGAAAUGGAAGUUUAAGAAACGUCCAUCUGCUGAUCAAUGGACACAAUUGAAAGAGUCACCGCUGUAUAAAGGUGGCAAUACAUUAAGACCAUAUCAAUUAGAAGGCUUAAAUUGGUUAUUAUUCUCUUGGCACAAUAAUCGUAAUUGCAUAUUAGCCGACGAAAUGGGAUUGGGCAAAACCAUUCAAAGUUUAACAUUUGUGAAUUCUGUUUGGGAGUAUGGUAUAAGAGGCCCAUUCCUUAUUAUUGCACCACUCUCAACUAUUCCGAAUUGGCAGAGAGAAUUUGAAGGUUGGACAGAAAUGAAUGUCAUAGUUUAUCAUGGAUCUCAGCAAAGUAAGAGUAUGUUACAAGAAUAUGAAUUCUAUUACAAAAAUGAAAAAGGUGAACCUAUUAAAGAAAUUACUAAAUUCAAUGUUUUAAUAACAACUUUUGAAAUAAUAGUAACAGAUUUUCAAGAACUUAAAUCUUUUAAUUGGCGUUUGUGUGUCAUAGAUGAAGCUCAUAGAUUGAAAAAUCGAAAUUGCAAAUUAUUGGAAGGGUUGAGGCAACUUCAUUUAGAACACAGAGUUCUAUUAUCAGGAACACCUUUACAGAAUAAUGUAAAUGAACUGUUUUCGUUACUUAACUUUUUGGAACCUUCUCAGUUUUCAAGCAGUGAUGCCUUUUUAACAGAAUUUGGUCAACUAAAAUCAGAAUCCGAAGUUGUAAAGCUACAAGCACUUCUUAAACCAAUGAUGUUGCGUAGAUUAAAAGAAGACGUCGAAAAAACUUUAGCGCCUAAAGAAGAAACGAUUAUAGAAGUAGAAUUAACAAACAUUCAAAAAAAAUAUUAUAGAGCUAUAUUAGAAAGGAACUUCAGUUUUCUUCAAAAAGGUAUAGCAGCAGCAGCUAACAUUCCGAAUUUAAUGAAUACAAUGAUGGAGUUACGAAAAUGUUGUAUACAUCCAUAUUUACUAAAUGGUGCCGAAGAUCAAAUACAAUUUGACUAUAAACAAGCUAAUGGUGAAGAUAAAGAAGCUUAUUAUAAAGCACUUAUUCAGUCUUCUGGAAAAAUGGUCUUAGUCGAUAAAUUAUUACCAAAAUUAAAAGCCGGUGGUCACAGGGUUCUUAUAUUCAGCCAAAUGGUAAGAUGUCUUGACAUUUUAGAAGAUUAUCUUUUAUAUAGAAAAUAUCCAUUUGAAAGAAUUGACGGAAGAAUAAGAGGAAAUCUGAGGCAAGAGGCCAUUGACAGAUUUUCUAAGCCUGAUUCUGAUCGAUUCGUGUUCUUGUUGUGCACUAAAGCUGGUGGCCUCGGAAUUAACUUGACUGCUGCCGAUACAGUUAUUAUCUAUGAUAGUGAUUGGAACCCACAAAAUGAUUUGCAAGCGCAAGCACGGUGUCAUCGUAUUGGACAACAAAAAAUGGUUAAAAUAUAUCGAUUGAUUUGCAGAAAUACGUAUGAAAGAGAAAUGUUUGAUAAAGCGUCCUUAAAACUAGGCUUGGACAAAGCCAUUUUGCAAAGUAUGAAUACUGCCCAGGGUAAAGAAACAGGCCUUAAACAAUUGUCGAAAAAGGAAAUUGAAGAUCUUUUAAAAAAAGGAGCAUAUGGUGCCGUCAUGGACGAAGAUAAUGCUGGGGAUAAGUUUUGUGAAGAAGAUAUUGAAAUGAUUUUAGCUCGAAGAACGCAAGUUAUUCAAAUGGAAUCUGAAAAGGGUUCUACAUUUUCAAAAGCUAGUUUUGCUGCUACGGAUCAAAGAUCGGAUAUUGAUAUAAGAGACCCCGAUUUUUGGAACAAGUGGGCUAAGAAAGCUGAAAUAGAUACAACAGAGAAGAAGGAAGAUGAGGAUUUAAUAGUAACAGAACCGAGAAAAAGAACAAUAAUUAAAAGAUAUGGUCAUGAUGAUGGUCCAAUGGAAAUGUCAGACAUGGAAGUAACACCAGAUUCAGAUGAAGACGAAGAAGGAAUCAGCCUCAGAAGCAAAAGGAAGAAGGAGAAACUUGGUAGAAAAGGACGACGAUAUGCUAGUGACGAUUAUGUGCCACGGCAUGAAGGAAUCCCCAUAGAUGAAGAAGUCGUUUAUGGAUCUUGGACUAGAUCGGAAUGUUUUAAGAUAGAACGAGGUCUACUCACAUUCGGAUGGGCUCGUUGGGAAGAGAUAUUAGAUAAAAAUCAGUUUAGAAAAGGUUGGACACUACCUGUGAUUGAAGAUUGUGCACGAAUUAUUGUUCUAUACUGUUUGCGUCACUAUAAGGGAGACGAGAAAAUAAGAAAUUUUAUUUGGGAUCUUAUUGAACCCUGUGAGAAUGGUGAAGUUACCAUCUCAAGGAAUCAUAGUGGACUACAUAACCCAGUGCCGCGUGGUAGAAAUGCAAAAAAGAAAAAUAGGCUCAAAGAAAUUCCCAAAGCUCAUGAUACUCAGAAAUGGGAGGAUCCUGGUCACUGGAGUUCAAUAGACAAGUAUGAUUGUGACGCCUAUUUGGAAAGUAGCUAUAAAAAGCAUUUAUUUAGACAUGCUAAUAAAGUUUUAUUAAGAGUUCGUAUGAUGUAUUAUAUAAAACAUGAAGUUAUAGGAGAUUACGCCAUUCAAAUAGAAAAUGGAACCCACGCCAGUACAAUGGGUAUGAGAGUGCCGCGUGGCGUGGACAGCGCGCCGCCCCGCCUUUGGUGGGACACCGAGUGCGACGUAUCUCUGCUUGUUGGCACAUAUAAACAUGGCUAUGAAAACUAUUUGGCGAUGCGUUCCGACCCGCAACUGUGCUACGUCGACAAACUCGGUCCACCUGAUGAUGCGGAGUGUACAGAUAUUAAAAGCGAGGAAAGAAAGGUGCUCGGUAGUGUGGCAGGGGAUGAAGAGUGCACGGAUGACGUAUCUAGCGGCGCGGGCGCAGCCUCGCCCGCCUCUCCACGCGCGGAAGACGACCUUGCGCUCGCUGCUACUCAUCUAUGGCCCUCUAUGCAGGACCUCAAUACACGGCUCCGACGCUUAAUCACCGCCUACCAACGCAAUUAUAAGCGUGAGGAACUCAAACUACAGCAGAGAGCUAAGAUGGAGCGACGAGAGCGAAUGGAUCAACUCGCCCGAGAUGAAAUUUCACAGUGGCGUUGGACGAGAGCCGAUGAGGAAGCUUUCCGAAGGACUGUCGCCUCUUAUGGAGUCGAGUUUGAUCCUGCCACUAAAAGUUUACGUUGGAGUCGUUUUAGAUCUUUAGCUCGUUUGGACUCCAAAAGUGACGACGCUUUGACUGACUACCUCAAAGCUUUUAUGGCCAUGUGUAAACGCCAAUGCGGCCUCGCAGUGGGAGAAGCGGAAUUACCGACUAGAGCAGAUUUGAAAGCCGAACCUAUUGGAGAAGAACGAGCUAUUGCUACAUUAGAAAGGAUUGAUCUUCUCCGUGUACUACGUGAAGAAGUGGCACCACACCCUGCAUUGGAGGCGCGUCUGGCGCUAUGUGAGCGCUCACUCGAUGCACCGCCCUGGUGGCAACCCGCGCGACAUGAUAAACUUCUAGUUUUAGGAGUGUGCAAGCAUGGGUUGGGAGAUACUUACAAUAAAUUAUUUUGCGACCCAAAACUUCCUUUCGCGGAUUGUGCUAGAAAAUGGCAUGCAAAAUAUAAAAGUGGAACAAAAGGUGACACACCCAAACCUACAUCUGAUGAUGAAGAGAAAAUAACAACAGAAGUCACCACAGAGCCGAGAAUGUCCCUAAGACGUAGCAAACGUACCUCAAACGUUCUAGAACGUGACACAGAGGAUGAUACGGAUGCUUUAUCUGAACUUGAAACUUUAGCAAAAUUAGGGAGAAUAGAUGAAACUUUAACACCAGAACAUUGGUUUUCGGAAAGAGCUCUUGAAACAAGGUUACAUCAUAUUGCUCAUGCAGUACAGAAUUGCGAGUGGCCAUCGGCAAUGUCAGCAACUAACUCUUCCAAAAUCAGUGAUGGAAACAGUACACAAGUAGAAGUUGCAGAUGAUCGUAAGCAAAGUCAGAAACGUCAUAUUGCUAUUGAUGUUGAAACAGAAAGAGCUAAAUUACAUGCACUACUUUCGUCACCGCAAGCCGCACAUUCUGCCUCGCGAGAAACUCACAGACUACCAACAGUGCUAAAUCAGGAGCGCGAUGAUGCAUCAAGUGACUCUGGUUCUCGACGCUCCACACCUGCUCCUCCACCAGCUCACCAGCGCGUGGCACCAUCUCCCGCACCAUCUGUGCCACCUUCGCCAGCUUCUUCUGCCGCCACUGUCGCCCCUGUUGACCUAUCGGCCCCAUUAGAUUUAAGCGAGGCGCAAGAUUUCUCCAUGGGUCGUCGGACGCCACAGGCGGAAGCUUCGCCAGCCUCUAUUACUCCAACUAGAAGUAGAUUAGAUGAUACACUUACAAGACUGAUGAAAAGAAAAAAUGUGCCUGCACCGGAACAAAUAGUUAGUAAAGAAAAGAAAAGGAAGAAAUUGGACGAAAUUGUUUUAGGGCUUUCUGCGGCCAAAGGAAGAAGCCCUAGUAGUUCGUUAGGAUCAAAUGAUCCCCCUCGUAGUAAAAGUUCUACAGUACUUCCUGAAGUAACAGUAACCCCAGCAGCUCCCCCAAGCACUGCUAGUACUCCUCCAACACAAAAACCAUUUUCUGUAACUGUUACUAACGUACCAUCUCCACACUCUUCCUCUAAGGAAUUAUCGUCCUAUUUACAACAAUCACUUGAACAAAGCACCAAGAGCCAGAAAGCAUCUACUACAACACCUAAACCUUAUUCACACGAGGCUAAAGUUAAUAAAUGGCUUGCGGAACAAACCAAUGUUGAGACACGGAGACGUGGAUUUACACCACGGUUAGCGCCAGAUGAGCAUGUUCCCGUUGUUCAUCGUGUAACAGGAAAAAGACUUAUUGGUCAUAAGGCACCGCAAUUAAAACAUUUAGCACAGUGGAUAGCUGAGAAUCCAAUGUAUGACAUUGAUUCAAAGUGGACAGACGGAAUUAAAGAACACGUCAAAUUACCUCAAGAUGUACGUAAUCCAAGACAUUCUCCUAUGCAACCUACAACUUCUGUACCUGAGCGUAAAAAAGGAAGACCCCCUACCCUUGACACAGCAUCAACUAACGUAUUAUCAUCCAAUUCACAUCUAAAUCAAAAUAUGUCUAGCUUGAAUCCUGCACUUCUAGCAAGCUUGUCCAGUUUAAGUGCUUUUGAUCCAAAGACGUUGGCGGCAACAUUAUCUAAUUUAACUGGAUUUGACCCAAAACUUCUAUCAAGUCUUAGUAGUUUUGAUCCUAAAAAUAAUCCACUUCUAAACUCAUUUAGUGGUAUGCCUAAUUUACUUGGAAAUAUAUCAGGUGGAAACAUAUUUGCUAAUUUAGCUGGCUUAGGUCUGCCCGGUUUUCCUUCUCUUGAUAUGAAUAGCUUAACUGGAUCGAGUGGCUCCACAGAAACUAAAAACAAGAGUAGAAAACCAUCUGAAGCGUCAAGUGCGUCCACAUCAAAAUCAACAAAUUCUCAAUUCCCGUUUGUAUUCCCCAAUCCUAACAUGUUGUAUCCUCAAUUAGGAUUAAGCGGUCUCUCACCAUUUGGAGUUCAUUCUGGGAUGUCAUCAUAUGAUGCACUAGGAUUAUUAAGUAGUAACCUAGCAACAAGUUCUUCUGCUACAUCAUUACAUAACUCAAGCCAUAGUUCUCGCAGUACCAAAACUACUGCUCCUAGAUCAUCUACAGUCGUGACUAGUUCUUCUACAUCGCGGCAACAAAAAGUUUCGGAUCGCACUCAAUCCGGUCAUUUACCUCAAAUACUUUUACCUCCGGAUCCUUAUUUACUGGAAUCUCUUUCUAAACAGACAAUUAAUUACGAUACUGCACUAAAAAUAGACAAAAGAACUCGCGAUACUGAUACGCACGAUACAAUAGCCACUGAUUUAUCUAAAACUGACAAAAAGAAAUUGGCUUACGAUCCCCUUAGAUCUCAAAUGCCGCCAGAAUUUGCCGCCGUUCAAGAGAAACUUCUAAAAGGAGACAAAAAAGAUAUAGACAUAAGUAAAAUGCUGUUGGAACAAAUGGCUUCUGGUGCCUUAAGCGCUAGCCUUGUCAGUUCGGCUGAAGCUAAAAAAUCUAAAGAUAUUGAAAAGGAUACAUAUGAAAAACUAGGUAAACCUCCUGAAUAUAUAACACGUAUGCCUUCCGAAGACAAUGGAUCCACAGUAACUGUAGCUCAUAAAAGAACAAUUGAAGAAAUAAACAAUGAACCAGAAAAUUUAGCCAUACAGUCAACACCAAAAAAAAUAAAAGAUAAUUCUUUAGAGGUAAUUAAAAAUGUUGAAAAACAAUCGGAUACUACCAACACGGGAGAAAUGGAUUUGGAAGAUUUAAUAGCACCUUUAACAGUCAUCAAAACUGGCAUGAAAGCUAGUGACUUUGACAUAAACAGAACAGCAGAAUCCUCCAGUUCCCUAAUCGUAACAAAUACUGAAAAAGAGGACAAAGUCCAACAAAAUACAUGUCGUGAAAGGGAAAUACAUAAUGAUAAUGAAAAUGCACAGAAACUAGAUGGUUCUAAAAUCGAGAAUGAUGGCAAAGAGGAUGUUACAGACGACAUAAAUACUGGAGACGUAUUAAGUGAUGGUGUACGUCGAGUAAACAAAAAAAAGGGCCGCAAGUCUUCAGAAGAAUCUUCUUUUGGUCCACGACGAGAACUUAGAUCAAGUUCUGGACGACAAUCUACAGAAUCUUCAUCAAAUCAUUAAUAAUAUUAUAAUAAAUGAAAAUAGUAUAUAAUAGUAUAUGUAAUUAAAAUAAUUUCAAUAAUUCACCACCUAAAUUCGAUUCAUAAGAGAAAAUUAAACUUAGUCGAAAAAAGUAAAAAGGUGCGCUAUUGUAAUUACGACCCAUAUACAAUGUCACUAAUCUUGAUCUUGAAUUCCCUUUACGUGUCAUGUCAAAUUGUUUUCAAAAAACCUUUUUGUAUAAAAAUUUGCACAUGAAAAGCAUAUAUAAAAUAUUUUACUUAUACUAUGUAAUAGGUUCUAUGAGUAAUAUAUCAAGAACGAUUUUAAGCUUAGAAGUUUUAAAUCCAAGUUUUGUAAAUUUGUAGUUACAUUUUUGAUUAAAUAAGUCAAAAUAAAAAAAGACUGGUUAAUUCAAAUUUAAAUGAAAAAAAAUAUCGGAAACUUAAUGUGAAUUUGUUAAUGCUUCUUUAAAUACCAUGAUCAAGCAUGAAGUUUCAUUGUCAUAUACCAUUAUAUAUGCAUAUAUAAUUUAUUUUAUAUUGUCAUAUAAAUGGCAUGUUUAUGUUAGAUGAACACUGAGAAGUAUUCACUAUUUAACGAUCUCGAAAAUCUACGCUGAACAGCGUAAAUAAACAAUUUUAACUCAAAUCAUUCUGAUAAGUUUAAUAUUAAAAAUGACUAGCAAUAUCGCUGAAGAACAAUUUUCUGUAACUGAGUAAAUGUAGUUGAUAGAAAAUUUAAUAACUAUUACGACUUUGACUUUUUAUAUAUUUUUCAUUAAGUCAAAUGCUGAAUGUGAUAAAAUUAUUUAUUACAUGUAUUCUUAUUAUUUUGCAUUGCUGUAAUUGAAUGAUGAAUUGUGUAUUGUAGAUAUAGUAAGAUGACAAAUCAUAAGAUUAAUAAAACAUAAAAAUGA